AUCGCAUUGCCGAGCCGCUCAAACGAUCGUACAUCGUGGUCGUCGUCGCUAACUGUGGACUCAACAUUCGUUCCCAUUCAUAUUCAGUCAGUCUUUGACUAAGCGUCGCAGUUGUCAUCGCAGCGGGCACUGUGGUUACUGCUACUGUUUCGGAUUCUGAAUCGGAUUCUGAUUCUGUCUGUUAGGUUCCUUCGGUUUCGGGUUUGGAGAACGCUAGAAGCUAUUCUUCUAUUGAACGGAUACGGAUGCGGCUUUGAUUGCACACACUCACACACACACACUCACACUCACACACAAUAGGCAGCCAGCAAUUACGAAUCUCCAGUACGAGUGCAAAAGUGCAAUGUCUGGAUGUGAUUAAAAGUAAAGUUCAGCAUGUUCUAUUGUUUUCGGAACCAUGACGAGAUCGACAUUACCAACAACAACAACAACAAGAACAACAUCGAACGGAGCUUCUGAUUUUGAUUAGAGAGAUCGCAGAUCGAAGAAAAUAUGCAGCAAUAAAGAGCUUUAAUAGCAACAAAUAUAAUCAAUGUGCAAUAUAGCUAAAAUAUUUAUAAAAUAUUCUAGAAAAAAGAAAAUAUCAAUUAGUUUUAUAUAUAUUAUAAUUAAAAUCAAUUCAAAUGCCGGUUAGUGAUAAUAGUUUUACACAUAUAUAUAAAUAUAUGUUAUGCAGUGCAAUGUUGUCAAUAAAUAAAUAAGUAAUUAAGUGAAUAAAAAUGCCCAAAAUGCUAGUUGAAAGUCCAUUAACAACAAAAACAACAACAACAGCUACAGAACGGAUCUUCUAUUGGAUUUAAAAACAAUACGCAAAAAACAAGCCUCCGAUGGUAAUGGCCGUGAUACUGUUGCUCGCCCUGGCAGUUGUACUCGGUUGCUAUUGCGCGAUUCAUAGGCAAAAGAUCGGUGCGAUUUAUUUGAAGCCGCUGCUUAAGAAUACGCCGCUGGAGGAUUGUUAUCAUGCCACGCCCAUCGAGCAGCGGAAGCGUCGCAGCAUCUGGGAUAUACCCGGACCGCAGCGGAUACCAUUUCUGGGCACCAAAUGGAUAUUCCUCCUGUUCUAUCGGCGCUACAAAAUGACAAAGCUGCAUGAGGUCUACGCAGAUCUGAAUCGACAGUACGGUGACAUUGUGCUCGAGGUGAUGCCCUCGAAUGUGCCCAUUGUGCAUCUGUAUAAGCGCGAGGAUCUGGAGAAGGUGCUCAAGUAUCCCAGCAAGUAUCCCUUUCGCCCGCCCACCGAAAUCAUUGUAAUGUAUCGACAAUCCCGACCCGAUCGCUAUGCCAGCGUGGGGAUCGUCAACGAGCAGGGACCGAUGUGGCAGCGAUUGCGCUCCUCGCUCACCUCCAGCAUCACCUCGCCGCGCAUCCUGCAGAACUUUCUGCCCGCCCUGAACGCCGUUUGCGAUGAUUUCGUUGAGCUGCUGCGUGCCAGACGGGAUCCCCAGACCCAGGUGGUGCCCAACUUUGAGGAGCUGGCCAAUCUGAUGGGUCUGGAAGCCGUUUGCACCCUGAUGCUGGGCCGGCGAAUGGGCUUCCUGGCCGCCAAUGCCAAGCAGCCGGAGAAGAUAAGCCAACUGGCGGCGGCUGUCAAGCAGCUGUUCAUCUCGCAGCGCGAUUCAUAUUACGGCCUGGGCCUGUGGAAAUACUUUCCCACCAAGACGUACCGGGAGUUUGCGCGUGCCGAAGACUUGAUCUAUGAUGUCAUCUCGGAGAUCAUUGACAACGAGCUGGAGGAGCACAAGAAGUCGGCGGCCUGCGAAGAUGAGGAUGCGGCGGGCCUGCGCAGCGUAUUCCUAAACAUACUCGAGCUCAAGGAGUUGGACAUACGGGACAAGAAGUCGGCCAUUAUUGACUUUAUAGCCGCGGGCAUUGAAACGCUAGCCAACACACUGCUCUUUGUGCUCAGCUCCGUGACGGGAGACGCUUCGGCUAUGCCUCGCAUACUCAGCGAGUUCCUUGAGUAUCGGGACACGAACAUCCUGCAGGAUGCGCUCACGAAUGCCACAUACACCAAGGCGUGCAUUCAGGAAUCGUAUAGGCUGCGGCCCACAGCCUUCUGCCUGGCACGCAUACUCGAAGAGGACAUGGAACUGUCCGGCUACUCCCUGAAUGCGGGCACUGUGGUGCUGUGCCAGAAUAUGAUCGCCUGCCACAAGGAUAGCAACUUUCAAGAGGCCAACCAUUUUUGUCCCGAACGCUGGAUAGACUCCAGCUCGGGCAACUUUACAGUGAACGUGGACAGUGCCAGCAUCGUGGUGCCCUUCGGUGUGGGUCGACGCACCUGUCCCGGCAAGCGUUUCGUCGAAAUGGAGGUGGUCCUGCUGCUUGCCAAGAUGGUGCUGGCUUUUGAUGUCAGCUUUGUCAAGCCGCUGGAAACGGAAUUUGAGUUUCUGCUAGCCCCGAAGACGCCGCUGAGCUUAAGGCUGCGCGAUCGCGAGUUAUGAAACGCAUUGAUCUUAGGCGUUUGUAUCCAAUAUAAACCCCGAAAGGUAAACAACUCAUAUAGCUAUACGCUCCCAAUUUGGAACCGAUCAAUAGGUAAAUCCUUUUCCCGCAAAAAUUUCAAUUUCUUAUGGUUUUUCUUAAUACCCAAAUUGUUCACAACCCUUUAAAGAUCAUUAAGUAUGGGUACUCCCGCAAAUACAGGGUACCACCUUAAGAGUUCAUCCAAAAAGUAUGCUUUAAAAAUGUAACUUAAAAAUACUUGAACUAGAUUUUCCUUAUUUUCAUAAAGUUUCAACAUGUGAGCGUCUUUCAUAUGAGUUAAGUAAAAAACUAGAAAACAUAAAAAAAAAAACAAAUAUAACCCAGAAAUCUAACAAAAGUGAAGAAAACACCAAAC